UGUCACGUAGUUAUCGCGUACGGCUAAUAUGUUUUUAAUUUUAUGCGUGUGUUGUUUCAACUGACUCGCGGUAACUCGUCUGGAGCUGUCAGAAUAAAAGCGGAGACUGUUCAUCGCAGGGAAAUACACUCCGGCUUAGGUUGUACUUUCUUCGGUGUUUUGGAAUUCGGACAGCACCUGAAUGCAACACAAAAACUAACCGUUGUUUUUAUUUUUUAUUUUUUUUAUUUCAACGCUUAAUACAAUUUCAAACAAAACACACACACACAACGGCCACAAUUUAACAUUAUCAACCGUCCUGUUUUAUGAACGUUUAUCAAAAAAUUAAACACUUUUUUUCGUUGCGUCGCUAACUUUUUUCGCGCAUGCGCCGUGUCAGUUGAGUUGAACAGCGGGCACGAUGGCUGCGGACAGUGCCUUGCUGCUGUCUCUGGUGGAGGAAUAUGUCUCGGGACUGCAGGACAGCAAGGCCAAAGACACAGCAAGAGGUGUCAAAGAUGGACAGUUUACAGUACUGCAGUUAGUGGAAGCACUGGGAUUAAGUCUGACCAGCUCUCAGACUCACACUCGAGCCAGAGGAGUCCAGCUUCUCUCCGAGGUUUUGCACGAGUGCUACGGAGGUCUCACCGAGAGAGAAGUGGAAGUGCUCAUCGCCUUCUAUGAAAACCGUCUAAAGGACCAUCACGCCAUCAUUCCGCCUGUGUUACAGGGACUCAGAGCCCUGACAAAAUGUACGGCGUUGCCUCCUGGCUCAGCUGUCUCCAUGCUGAGGUCUUUGUUCCAGGAUGUUCAUGUUCAGUCUUUGAUGCUGGCGGAGAGAGCUUGCGUCUACAACAUGCUCAUCAACCUCAUGGAGACCAGAGAAGCCGAACUGAAGGGUUUGGGAGCAGACUUUGUGUUCGGUUUUGUCCAAUCAAUGGACGGAGAGCGGGAUCCUCGCAACCUCCUGUUAGCCUUCCAGGUCGCCAAGACCAUCAUCCGCCGAGGCUAUGAUCUAGGUAAAUUCACAGAGGAGCUGUUUGAGGUGACGUCCUGCUAUUUCCCCAUCGACUUCACCCCCCCUCCCAAUGACCCCCAUGGCAUCACCAAAGAGGAGCUCAUCCAGAUGCUGAGGGACGUCCUCACUGGGACGCCACUGUUUGCUGAGUUUCUGUUGCCUCUCAUCAUCGAAAAGCUGGACUCAGACGUUCAGAGCUCCAAGCUGGACUCGCUGCAGACUCUGACUGCUUGCUUGUCACAAUACGAACAUAAGGAUUUGGCAGAGUUCCUCGAGGGACUGUGGGCUUCGCUGCGCAGAGAGGUGUUUCAGACAACCAGCGAGAAGAUCGAGUCUGCCGGCCUCGCUGCUCUCACCGCUCUCACUUCCUGUCUGUCUCGCUCGGUCCUCAACUCUGACUCUGAAGACUCCCUCUGCACAUUCAUCAACCUCGUUCUCGAAGACUGCAAACAUCACCUCAGCGAGCCGGAUCUGAAGCUCGUGUGGCCCAGCGCCAAGCUGCUUCAGGCCGCCUGCAGCGGCUCCAGCCGGGCGAGCCACCUCGUAACAGCCGCCGUCAUGCCGUCUCUCGUCGAGCAGUACAACAACAGGACGCAGUGCGCCCACAGACGAACUUUACUGGAGGUGGUGCAGCGAUUCAUCCAGGCAGUAAAAGCCUCUCCGUCUACAGACAAUGAAGAGAGCGCAUUUCUCGCCUUCCGCCCGUCUCUGUGCAGCAUGGUGUUCUCAGCUCUGACGGAGAAUAACGACAGCCUGCAGAUCACGGCCACCUCUGUGCUCACCUCACUUGCACAGCAGACAGGUCUGCUGCUCGACUCCGACAUUGAGCUGGCUGUAGAUCACCUGACCAGACUGUUGCUGAUGGAGGAGGACGACAGAGUCAGCCUUGCUGUUGUGCAGUGUGUCGGAGCCUUAGCAGCGUUGCAUCCAGCAGCCUUUAUCACUAAACUGAUCCCGAGACUAAAGAAUGAGAUGUUUUCAGAGCCCAUGAAACAAGACGACGACAACGACAACAAAGCUUCAGAGCAGCAGUCCCAUCAUGCAGUGCGCCAGCGGUGUCUGUCUGCUCUGGCUGCGAUGUCCACCCAAUCCAGUGUUGUCCAGGAGAGCACGCCCGUCCUCUUAGAGGUCCUCAGCUCAGCACACACAGGUAGCGUUGAUUUCUCAGUGGAGGAGGUGGUGUUGGCGUGUCGCAGCCUCCAGAGAAUAGCAGAGCAGGUUCAGGACACCGAGGAGACGGGUCGAUGCUUCCACGAAAUCAUCAUCCCGCGACUGCUGUCUCUGGCUCUGCAGGCAGCGCUGCAGGACGAGUCAUCUGAUCGAUAUAGCCCUCUUGUGGAGGAGGUGGUCCUGUCCGCCAUCGUCCCUGUCAUCAGUACUUCCUGCUCCAGGCUACAGCCCACGUUGGCAGGACAGACGGCGUCGAGGGCUGUAUCGCUCUUCCUGGAUGGUGACGUUUCUUUUUUACCUGACAACUCUUUCCCCUCACACAUCCAGCUGCUCAAGAAGCAGCAGGGGGAAUCAUGGAGCCAGUCCCAGAUGGUUUGUCUGCUCAUGGGAUGUGUGUGCUCGUUACCUCGCAGCGUGGAGGUGCCUCGGAUGGAUCACCUGCUGUCACAGCUGGAGGAGAUGAGCUGCACCUGCAGCCACCCACUGUCGUACACCUCAGCGGCAAAGUGCUUCGCCGGCCUGGUUAAUAAGAGAGCGCAGGGGGAUUCUCUUGAUGGCCUCAUUCAGAACACGAUGAAGAGAGUUUGUAGUGAGCUCGACUCUGCGUCUUCGUCUGUACGCACUCAGGCUUUCACCCUCAUGAUCUGGGUUGCCAAGGCUCUGCUUCACCGAUACCACCCUCUGUCUACAGCACUGACCGACAAGCUCUUCUCUCUGCUCGAUGAUGCUGAGCUGGGUCCAAUGGCGGCAGACAGCUUCUCGCUGCUCAUGAGCGACUCCGUCGACGUCCUGAACCGCGCCUGCCACGCCGACAUUCGCAUCAUGUACCGCCAGAGAUUCUUCAGCGAGAAUUCGGCCAAGUUGGUCCAGGGCUUCAACAAUGCGCCGCAAGAGAAGAAGCCCAACUACCUGAAGGCUCUGUCUAACAUCGUCAACAAACUGCCAAAGCAGGUUCAAGUCACUGAACUACCAGCGCUCCUGUCUCUGCUGCUGGAGGCCUUGUCGUGUCCUGACCAGGCCGUCCAGCUGUCCACCCUGUCCUGUCUGCAGCCCGUCCUCAUCGACCCACCGUCGGCGCUCAUACUGCAGCUAGAAGCUUUGGUCAGCAGGCUGCUAGCCCUCACCUCUAGUCCUGCAAUGAAUGUAAGGAUCGCUUCAUUGUGCUGCAUCCAUGCUGUUUCCCACUUCCCCGUGCAUGAGGUGUUGCCGUUUCGGGCGCGAGUGCUGCGAGCUCUGGCUCGACCUCUGGACGACAAGAAGAGGAUGGUAAGAAGCGAGGCGGUUCGGGCAAGAGCAGAGUGGUUCCUGUUAGGAAGUCCUGGAGGGAGGUGAUUUUGCCCCGCCGACACAACCACUUCUUCAUCUGGACAAAUACAGAUGUGAGAACUCCAGAACCAGGUACCAAGGAUCAGAGCUGUGCAGCCAACACAACAGCCUCUCCUUCCUUGGUUAAAGUCUCCACUGCACCCUCCCCACCCUCCCUCUUUUUACUGAAAUGUUGUAACUGUCUGUAACUUCGUGAACGCACAAAUAAGAGUGUAUGGACUGACUGCAGAGCGUUUAAGUUAAAAGAAUGAAAUAAUCAUUUGUUGGUUUAAUAUGUAACACGCCUCAUGUAUGUUGUUGUCUUCCUCUCUACGUAUUGGAGAUUGCAUCGAGGCAUUUUGGUCAAACUUACUUUAAGUCAAGUGAAAUCAAGUCAUAAGAGGCAUAAGUUAUCAUUAAAAAUCUUUAUAUAUUCAUAAUGAGAAGGACAGUAUUUUUGAAUGUUUAGGAUGGUUACUUAAUAAAUGAGGAAGUAUCAGCUGUAGCCUGUCGCUAAAAAUUUUUGAAAGUCUAAUGAAACCUGUUCAGAUAUAUGAAGAAAGUUAAAGAUAAUGUUCUACAAAUUCAGUAUUGAAUGUCAACGCCAAUACGAAGAGAGAAGGCAGCACAAAGUCUAGAAAUGAUGAGUCAGCUCCUGAACUGUGACAGCCGUGUUUUCUACUUGA